AUAUUCCACCCAACACACCAAAAUUCGACAUCCUUUUAAUAAAAAAACGGAAGCCGAAGAAACCCUCCCUGAGCUGCAAAAUCUCAAAAGAAGACUCCAAAUUGAAACGAAAGAAAGAAAGAAAAUGUUUCCUUUACGGGGCCUAACCUCCACUCCACUCCCUCCUCUCCAUCUCAAAACCUCCCAUCCCCUCCCUCCACUAAAUGCCACCAUUUCAACCGCCAUAACCAACAAAUUCUCCAUCUCCGACCAGGACCUGGAAUCCCGAGGCUUCAACCUCCACCGCACGAUUGCAGACCUCAAUUUGGACCACCUCAACAAGGUCUUCGUAGCGGUUGGAUUCCCCAGACGGGACCCGCAAAAGAUCAGGCUGGCGUUGGAGAACACAAACUCUCUUUUGUGGGUGGAGUACAAGAAGACCCAGAAGCCAGUUGCAUUUGCUAGAGCAACCGGUGAUGGUGUUUUCAAUGCUAUUAUUUGGGAUGUUGUGGUUGACCCAUCUUUUCAAGGGAUUGGGUUAGGGAAAGCUGUAAUGGAGAGGUUGAUGGAGGAGUUGUUAGAGAAGGGUAUUAUUAAUAUCGCUUUGUAUUCGGAGCCUCGGGUUCUCGGGUUUUACAGGCCUUUGGGGUUUGUGGCAGAUCCUGAUGGGAUUAAAGGGAUGGUGUACUCAAGAAAAAAGAAUAGCAAGAGAUGAUUUUAAUUCAAUUCACUUUGCUAUUGUCGUUCUAGAGUGUUUAUUUUUUGGGUUGGUUUUGUUCUGGUGAUAGUGACGAUGAUCUGUGUUCCAUUUUGAGUUGAAGGUUUUGCUAGUAUUACAUCUCCCUAUAGUGGAGAGGCAUAAAUACGAUGAUUGUUCUGGAAAGAGAAAUCUCAAAGCUCAAAUUUGGACCAAAUCCUCAGCUUAUAAGUAGAACAACCUGUGACUGAACAUAAAGGAGUCAGUGCAGAGUUUGUGUAUGGAUGUGAAUUCAUGUAGUCAAUAGCGCAAUUCCAGAUUUUCACUGCCCUUUGCUAUUAAUCACAAAAUUUGAACUUAAGGCAGGAAGGAACAGUGAAUGCUGGGGUUGAAAUAAACGCGGUUCGUCAUAACACUGCUGGACAAGGUAAACCAAAAAUCAGAAACGAGGCAGGUCCAGGUGAGUUAUGCUUAGCUCAGGUUAUGUUAGAUUAGCUUGUCUUUGAGAUUGCAAUCUGCUUCACUUUGAUUCUUGAUAGACCAAACCUGAUCCUUUUUCUUUUGGGGUUGAGGGUAUAUCAUAUAUGAUACAUGAAAUUGUAACCCUAUAUCUUAACAGAAGAGAUAAGGUAAUUAGGCCAGAGACCAUAUUAUUUAUAAUGAAAAGUGUUUUGACA